AUGCCACUAAAAAAAGAUAAAGGCAAGGAUGCCGAAAGUGGAAAGAAAACGUUAGAGACAAAGGGCGCCGUUAUAUGCCGUUUUAUCACUCCGGGACCUAAAUAUCAGCUUAAGACACUCGUCGGCUACAGGGAUCAUUGUAUUUCAAGAUAUCGAAAUCCAGCGUAUACAUUUGGCGGUCGUCGUGCCAUCUUUGAAGUGGCGGAAAGUCCAGGGCCGAAGUACAUGAUCGAGGAACGCAGACCCAAGGGAUUUACUUUCGGACAUGCCGCAAAACGUCGCGAUAUCGUAUUCGGACCUGGUGCGAAGUAUAAGUUACCGGAUGUCCCUCGCGGUCCUAUCUUUUCAAUCAAAUGGAGAACCAAAUUGAGAAAAACUGGUGAAACGCCAGGACCUUACUACAUCAAGCCCAUAGCUGAUGCGCCAGCUUUUUCUCUAGGAUUGCGUACAGCUGCGGAGAAGCCCGUAAUUAGCACAGGUCCCUAUUCAUACAGCUUGGAUGCGGUAAAACCAAGAGCACCGAUGUAUACUAUUGCUAGUAGGCGAGCAUUACAAUUGAUUUCCGAAGGCCCAGGUCCGAUAUAUGCCGUCCCACCAGCCAAACCGACUCCCGCCUUUUCGUUCGGUGUAAAACACAGCGAAUGUGCACCACCCUAUAUUACUAAAUGCGACGAACAGUGCUAA